AUGAGUGAAGACAACCAAGUGCAAAUUGACACAAGGUUCAAGGAAAUUGAAGUAGAGGAGGCGCGUACGCCUGAUGUCCCCGAACAAGAAUGGAAACCAAGCAGGGAGGUGUUUCAAGUCCUCUUUUGCCUCUCAGUAAUAGGUGUGAUGGCCUCAUUGGACAUGACUAUCUUCCUACCUAUCCUUCCAAUUAUAGCCGAGGAGCUGAACGGCGACGCAACCAGCACCUUUUGGAGAGGUAGCGCAUACUUGGUUCCAUGCGCAGGUUUCCAGCCUAUCAUGGCUUCUCUAUCCGAUAUUUUUGGGAGAAGGAAGAUGCUUGUUGCCUCUCUCGACUUCUUCGUGAUUGGGUCUAUUGUGGGAUGUGUCGCUCAUAAUAUGACUACCCUCCUAGCCGGUCGUGUGAUCCAGGGUAUUGGAGGAGGUGGGCUCAUUCCGCUUGUCACGAUCAUCAGUACUGAUAUGGUUCCCUUGCGCCAACGGCCAAAAUUUCUUGCUAUUGUUCAAGCGUCUAUGGCACUGGGAACUAUUCUUGGGGCCCCUAAUCGGGGGUUGCUUUGCGGAUCGUACGAGCUCCUCAACAGGAUGGCGCUGGGCAUUUUAUAUCAAUUUCCCGCUAUCGGCUCUGUCAGGAUGUACGACGAGCUCUAUUAUCUUUCUCUGUAUUUGCAAUCCGUUAAAUUUAUGUCCGCCAUUAUGAACGGUGUCGGUGUGUUUCGUGGCCUUCAUUAUUUCCAAAACCGGACGGUACCGCUGGGCCCUCUGGUGUGGCUGGAUCGCUAUUUUUUGGCUACUGGUGUUUCUAUCCUCCUGCAAAAGAACACCCGUACAGCCAGCUGGAUCUUCAUCUUUGCUUUUGUGGGUUUUGGUCACGGUAUCCUGUACAAUGCGCUUCUGAUUGCGGCGCAGGCUUGCUCGCCAGCCAAAGAUGUAGCAUAUGCCGGGGCACUAUACAUAUUCUUCCGAACGCUGGGCUUUGCCAUCGGCGUCAUUAUCGGUGGAACAGUACUGCAGAACUUUAUGGCGACGAGACUUAGCGAUUUGGGACUUCCGACUGAUAUCGCUCACAAUGCGGAGGGUUAUGUUAGCACGCUUAGAACGUUGCCUGUUGGGUCUGCUUUACGCAAAGGUGUGACAGAUGCAUAUGUGUAUGGGUUGGACGGUAUUUUUGAGGUUAUGACGGGUAUUGGGGCCCUUGGCCUUCUGGCCACGCCGUUUGUUGCAAGUCGGACUAUGGACAAAUCUUUGGAGACUGAUCAUACCAUUCAUGGUGCGAAGGAUGAGGCAUGA